GAAGCUGAGAGAGCAAAGCCAUGGCGCAUGAGGUUCUCCGGGAGAGGAGGAGACUGUUCAUCCGCUCAGUGUGCCCAGGUACCAUCAACGGCUUGCUGGAUGAGCUCUUAGAUAAAAAAGUGCUGAACCAGGAGGAGAUGGAGAAAAUAAGAGAUGAAAAUCCUACCGUCAUGGAUAAGGCACGAGCUCUGAUGGACUCUCUCCUUCGGAAGGGGCCCCAGGCAUGCCAGAUUUGUAUUGAUUAUAUUUGUGAAGACGAUUGCCACCUAGCAGGGACACUGGGCCUUACCCCAAGAGUGGGUCAGGAAUGAUAUUCACGUUGACCUGUGCUUUUGUGCCCAUCAUUUUCUUUCUUCAUUAUAGUUUCCAGACACAUCCAGAGUCUUGGUGCAUGCCUGUAUCUGCCCAUCAGCAGAUCUUUAAUGUGUCUCUUUUCCUUUGUCCUCUGCCUUUGGCCUAAAUAUCUUCGGUCUUCUUUUCAAUAAAGUUCAAUUCCUGU